AUGGGCGGCGGCGGGACGGCGACGCUGGCCCUGGUCCUGGUGACUGCGGCCGUGGUGGCCGGCGGCGUCCGUCCCGAAGUGCUCGGCUACACCGACACGGUGUGGCUGGACCGGCAGGGCCCGCUCAAAGGGCUCAUCACCACCGUCGGUGGCGGCGCCGAGCAGCGGCUGGACAGGGUCGAAGUGUACCUGGGCGUGCCGUACGCCGCGUCCCAAGAACGGUUCAUGCCGCCCGGCGAGUCGCCCACGUGGUGCCCGAAGGCGGGCGACGGGUCGUUCGACCGGAGCCACUGCCGGCCGCUGCGGGCCGAGUACCUGAAGCCGGUGUGCCCGCAGCGGCCGCCCGACCUGCUGGUGGCCAACAAGCGGCUUUCGAACGUGCGGCAGAACUACCUGAAGCGGCUGACGCCGUAUCUGGGCAACCAGAGUGAAGACUGUCUGUACCUGAACAUAUACGCACCGCACGAUCCAAAAAACGAAAUGAACGAUGAAAUGGGAAAAGAUUACAAAGCCACCACCAAGAAGACCAAGUACGCUGUGAUAAUGUUCAUUCAUGGGGAAUCGUUUGAGUGGAACUCUGGCAACCCAUACGACGGUUCCGUGCUGGCCAGCUACGGAAAAGUUAUUUUUAUUACAAUUAACUACCGUGUGGGCGUUUUAGGUUUUUUAAAGUCCAAUGGUGGAGACACUCCGGCCAGUAAUUUCGGCCUGUUGGACCAAAUGGCCGCCUUAGAAUGGAUCAAGAAUAACAUACAAGCAUUUGGCGGUAACCCAAAUGCGGUUACAGUGAUGGGACACGGCACCGGUGCAGCUUGCGCAAAUUUUCUAAUGAUGGCGCCACCAGUCAAUAACAAUAAUUUAUUCCAAAGAGCUAUACUGAUGAGCGGUUCUGCGUUGUCCGAUUGGGCGUUGGUGAAAAAUCCCAUCAUGAACACCAUACAAGUUGGACAAUCGUUGAAUUGCGAGCCAGGUGGCAAUGAGAAGUUUUUUGACUGCUUACGAAGAAAGCGGUUUACAGAUUUAGUGUCAAUCAAGAUGUACUUACCACCGUUUGUCACCGUGUUCGGCCCGAUGGUAGAUGGCGUAAUGAUUACCAACGAACCCUUGCCAUUAUUAAAAGAGCACAAGAAUCUAAUGAAAAAUUAUAAAAUCCUAGCCGGUGUCACGGAAUACGAAAGUUACCACUUGUUGGACAGCGUGUCAUUAAUGCAUGGUAUGUUAGAAAACGAACAACACAAAAUGUUGUUGGAUUACAUGAAAGCGAAAUUUGAACUUUUUCCAGAUCUUACUCUUACGUCUACUUUAGCUCAGUACACUGACCGUGAUCGAACGUGGUCUUCGUCUGGAGCUCUGGAAAAUCGCGAUAUCUUGCUGGAUAUUUUAAGUGAUGCCAUGGUUUUAGCACCUUUAACUCAGCUUGCUGAAAUCCAGUCAGAGGUCAACGAAAACACGUACUUUUACGUUUUUACUCAUAGAAGUACUUUUAGUGAAUACGACGUGGUGAAAAAAAGUAUAAACGGCGAAGAUUUACCGUACGCUUUAGGUGUGCCAUUGGGUGGUAAUACAAUUCAUCUUAAAACUCAAUAUGAUCAAAAGGAAAAAAGAUUAUCAGAGAUGAUAAUGACUCAUUGGAGUAAUUUUGCUAAAACAGGAGACCCAAAUUUUUCGAAAAAAUCAUAUCAAAACGAUUUCAAAACGAAUAAUGUACGUUGGCCGAAAUAUAAUACUGCGAAUCGUGCUUACCUGGAACUAAAUUUAACUAAUCGACAAAGAGUGAAUUAUAGAACGAGUAAGUGUAAAUUUUGGAACGUAGAUCUACCACAAAGGAUCGAAGAUAAACGACAAAAAGACGCCGAACAGUCUAAGCCGUACUCUUCAUUACCUGCGAUACCUAAAGAACCUCAACAACCUCCAUGGAUUGAUCGCGAACCUAUAUUCAGUUUGCCCACAUUGAUGCCAGACGACCCAAUGCCGAAGCCCGGUGAGUUCCCGGAAGAACCAAACCCUGGCGAAGAGCCUUCAGCUGAACCAUCCGAUAAAAAAACUCAAGAGACUGUAGAAGCGUCGUCUUCCGUAGUCGUGUCUCUAAUCAUUAUCAUCGGGAUACUUUUUCUGUUGGUCAACAUCUGCGCAUUUGGGGGAAUUUAUUACCAAAGAGAUAAGUUAAGAGUUCGCGAACGUUUGUUCAACAACCGGUUUAGAUGCAACGGUGCAAAUACGAGCCGGACGUUUGACGACGAUAACGAUGACGAUCAAGACGAUGUUUACAUGAAAACCACUGUAGAAGAACCAGAAAUAGCUAACGUACACAAGUUCAACAAGAACCAACAGUACGAUUCAGUUGCGUUGGCCAGUGUAAAACCCGAAGCCAUUGGUGGUAAACGGUUGGGUAAGUGGGCGGAGAUUUCAAGGCAAAGGAGUAGUAGCACGAUAACUAUGGAUCCACACACUAGAGUCAAGGAAUGGAUUAACACGGAGAUCAUACAACGAUAUUCCCCUAAGAUUUUGCGGAGACAGCGAAGGGAGGAAAAGAAAAGGCAGCUGGUGUGUGCUGAGGACCCGUCGGUGAUUGCUGACAAAACAUCUGAAAUAACAGACGUUAAUAAAACAGCUGAAAAGUCUAGAAAUAAAGUUUCUGUCGGUAUUGACGCCACACCGGCCGCCCGAACGAUUAGCGUAUUAAAGCAAACACCCAUAGAGUUGACAAAAUCCAUGGAUACAAUGGGUCACUUGGAAAGAGUAGAAAUAAAAUCAUCGCUAUCAUUGGGCUCGAUAAACAAAAAAACUUUAGCCAGAAGCGACGCAAUUAACGACUGUGACGACUUGAUGUCUUCGCAAGACACGUUGCACAAGAGUUCCACUAGCAUUCAAUUAAAACCCGCUGUGAAAGAGAAGAGACCCGGCAUUAAGGUUACUCAUGGAUACUCAAAAUCAGAACCGGCGCGAGAUAUCCCAAAAGAACCUGUUUAUACCCAAGUAAGCAAACCGAAGACGUUGGCCGUGACUUCAUCGAAAAACGCAAGCUUCGAUUCGAGCUCACACUACGAAGAUGUAAAUGUUACUUCCAAAGAAUACGCGAUAAACGGCGGCGGCAGCGCUGUCGACUGUUGUUCGGAUGGCGGUAGCGGUGGUAGCGUUCGCCGGAUAAAAUACCCAAAAGUAUUGCCGGACUUUCCGGGACAAAGCGGUCCCGGUCCCGAGCGUAGGCUGUCGUUACCUCCACCAUUGGCGGGCAUACCCGAGGGGUCCGGGAAAAUACCUCCACCGCCGCCGCCCAGGGUGUCGUCGACGCUGGGUAGGAAGAAGGAUAAGACGGACGCCAUGACCGUCCCGGGACAGUUCAACAGACAACCGAAACAGGAAACCAUACCCGAGGAACAUAAAUCUCUGGUGGUACCCUGUGUACCCAACAAGGUUUGUCCCGCGGUGCAGGCUACGACAGCAACGUCGUUAACGGUCAAAAAACCCGCUGAACCUAGGAUUGUCAUCAAAGCCAACUCGGUACAGCAGCACUCACAGCACCAGCAACCGCAACACUUACAGCAGCAGCACCAGCAAAAGCAGCCCAAAAGGACAAACAUACCGCGCGUAGUACAUCCGCAAAACAGCGACAGGAACAACAAAACUACUGCAGUCGGAACCGAAACUGACACAGGCACGAUUAAGAAGAAGAAGAAAUGAACUGCAGACGCACCAUAUUAUUUCCUAAAAAACUACAAGUGUGUGUCGUGAACCAUAUUAGCAUGUACGUUCGAUCAUAUUAUAUUAUUUAAACAUUAACGACACGCUUUUCGUCGUUUUAUGUGUAUAUAUGUUUGUAAUUCGUAACACUGAGAAAAUUUUUUCUUCAAACGCCAUACCUACCUUGGUCAGAUUUUUAACAUGACGUUAGAAAAAAACCAUUUAUAUAUCAUACAUAUAUAAAAUAUACUCUGAAUAUUAUUA